AUGAACGACUCAGCGGAAGCAACCAACACACAAGUGCCUUUAGAUGAAUGGUUAAUUACGAACCCAUGUCAAUUCAGAGUCUCAACGCCAUCCGCCGCACCACUAUUACCGAAAGCGGAGCAUUAUAGACCAAAGACGAGUUCUAGUGGCACUGGUCGCACCCUUUCUUCCACUCAGCAGGAGUACCUCCUGGAGCUCUACCUAAAGCUAGGCGGCAUCUACCGAUCGGGUCUAAGAACCGUUCUCUCUCAAUUUCUCAGCUUGACAUUGCCCUCACAUAUUGCAGAUGCUGUUGACACGGUGUUCGAGAUGCAAGAGCAGGGUGAGCGAAGCAGCAUAGGUAAGGCGUAUGAUGGAAACCAAGCGGCUGCGCAGCGGGAUAGUUGCAAAGCGGUUGACGGGGCCCACACAGCGCCGGAUCUUCUUCAGCCGCAAGAGUGGCUUGAUCUAGUGCAGUAUUACUGGCUAAAGGCGGGGUGCCCCCCUCUGCAGCCACCACCUCUUCUUAGUUUGGAGGACCUGUAUCGAGAAUCGGAGCACAACGUGUGCGACGAGGAGCUGUGCUCUCCUUCUCCCCUUUCCUCUGAGUCUAGGCAUACCCCGCGAGUGGGUGGGAAGAGGUGCUUUUAUGAUGGCUUGGAUUCUACCGCCAGGGUGGAGAUCCCCAACGAGCACAAAGAGCAUUCCCGGCGUGAGAGCUACUCGUCGCGGCGGCCGUCGUGUUCGGUGAACAACGGGCUCGCUGUGGAGCCAGCUGGAUCUUGUGUUUCUUUUUCUGGAGUGCGUGAUGUCGUUCUGACGCUCUUCCGGAGAUGUGGCGGGACCACACCAGAAGAGACUAGAGACGAUGGUAUCCUCGAUCCUGGCGCCGAAAGGAGUUCUUUCUUAACGUUAGAGGCCUGGAAGCGGGCGAUACGGCGAUACGCUGAGCGCAGCUCAAAGCCACCACCGGAGCCCAUUAUAAUGGAUGUGACCAAGGCCAUGAUGGCGCUCGCGGUGCUUCCGGAGAAGGGCGCCCCCCACCAUCCGCACGAGCACCCAAACGCGAGGGAGGUGAGCCACGACGACGGCCCCCACCGCAUCGUAACGCUGACGGAUUUCACGGAACUGCUCAGAGGGCAGCUGUGUGUGAUGCAGCGCGAUGGCGUGGGCUGCUUCGCGGUUGCGUUGGCAUCGCACCCGAGAUCCCAGUCUUCCCCUGAAACACCUAAACUGCAUGCGUCCUACUGCCCGUUGCAUCUCACGCGACGUCCACCGACGUUCUGCAUGCUUCUCGCGUGGAUGGAUCCGUCUAGUAUGUCGAGCAUUGCCCGCAUGGAGGGGACGACCUACCUGCGAUCUGUCGGCCUGAUGGAGGCCGCACUGCGGUUUUUAAUAUCCGAGGCUCAAAUGCAGCUGGCGGCUCUCCCCGAUGCCGUUUCAUCACCACCCACGGCAAAGAAUCCCAAUUCCUCGAACGCUAUCUUAGAGCGUCCGACGACCUCCCCUUUUUCAGCUCCAGUCCGCCGAGGAGCAAACACCGAAGGCAGUGGUGUAAACCCUUCCGGAUCCCCUUCGCAGCAGCGUGUGAGCGUGUCUAGAAAGCGGUCAGAGGCUCCCGUAAGUAAAGGUGAGUCGGCGCACUCUCAUAAGCGUCGUGACCUCUCCCGGAAGCGGUAUUUGAACCCACGCCCGCCCGACGAGAUCACCGCCUCGAUAGUCGCCCGCGCGCACGCCCGACGGUUGCUCGAUACGCUUCGAAAGAACACCGUUCCGAUCCUCCGCUACGAAUGCUACGCCAUGAUUGGAAGCGGGGGCGAGGCGGAGACCCCUGAGGGGAAGCCCAACGAACCCCCCGCGGCGGGAUCUUCGGGGAAAAGUUCGAAGCAGCGUCUUCAAAAGGAGCUUUUCAACCUCUCCGUGGAUCUCUCCGACUCCGACGCGUUGCUCCUCGCGGCCUCUCACGGCGGGGCAUCAAAGCGGGCGGCCUCCACGCCGUUGCGCGGGGCCGUCGGCAAAUCCAAGACCCCCGCGAUGUUUCACUUCAGCGGCUUUCUCGCCAGUAAAGUUCCGAAAAAGGCGCAUCACGCGAUAUUCGAGCGUCUAAGCCGCCCGGUGUGUGAUUUGCACGCGUACGACAUCCAGCUCCCCCCACCUCCGUCGAUAGGAGGGCAGAGGGAGAGGGAGAGGAAGGGGGAAGGGGGUGAUGGGAAGAAGCCGCGGGAGGGAAAAAAUGAGACGACGGCGGCGGCCUCCUCCAUCAUCCCAGGAUUUCCACCGACGACUUCAGCCCUCAAUCGGCGACGACGAGGGGGCUUGGGGAGCUCGGCCGUGUCGCCCUUUUCUCCUCCAGUACUGCAACGCGGCGGCAGGGGCGGCGUGCGCGCGAGCACGCCGAGGGCAACGGCGUUUUCUCGCACGGAAGGGGCGUCCGCGGCGUCGAUUCGCGCAGCCUACGCGGGGGUGGCGGUACCCUCCGCGAUGGAUGCACGGGAGACACCACGGGCAUGCGUCUCCUCGUUGCCUUCGCCGCCCACUGGGAAGGGCGCGCGAGGUACUUUAGCGCACACCUUCUUUGCGUAUUCCUUGAACCCACAGCCGUGUUUUGGGCAUCAGACAAGAGGGGCCGGAGGGCGUUGGGGUUACCCUGCGGCUACAAUGCCUCCUUCAAGCGGUGGCACGCGCGGUCGACCUCCACCUGGUUACCCUCAACAGAAGCCCGUCCCCAAAAGUGGUGAUUGGAGCGCGAAAGAGGGGGCCUGA